AUGGACGUGGACGUGGACGUGGACGUGGACGUGGACGUGGACGUGGACGUGGACAUGGACGUGGACGUGGACAUGGACGUGGACGUGGACGUGGACGUGGACGUGGACUUGGACGUGGACGUGGACAUGGACGUGGACGUGGACAUGGACGUGGACGUGGACGUGGACGUGGACAUGGACGUGGACGUGGACGUGGACAUGGACGUGGACGUGGACGUGGACAUGGACGUGGACGUGGACAUGGACGUGGACAUGGACGUGGACGUGGACGUGGACGUGGACGUGGACGUGGACGUGGACGUAGACGUGGACAUGGACGUGGACGUGGACGUGGACGUGGACGUGGACGUGGACGUGGACGUGGACGUGGACGUGGACGUGGACAUGGACGUGGACGUGGACGUGGACGUAGACGUGGACGUGGACGUGGACGUGGACGUGGACGUGGACGUGGACGUGGACGUGGACAUGGACGUCGACGUGGACGUCGACGUGAACAUGGAUGUGGACAUGGACGUGGACUUGGACGUGGACGUGGACGUGGACGUAGAAAUGGACGUGGACGUGGACGUGGACAUGGACGUGGACGUGGACGUGGACGUAGAAAUGGACGUGGACGUGGACGUGGACGUGGACGUGGACGUGGACAUGGACGUGGACAUGGACGUGGACGUGGACGUGGACGUGGACAUGGACGUGGACGUGGACGUGGAUGUGGACGUGGACGUGGACGUAGUUAUGGACGUGGACGUGGACGUGGACGUGGACCUGGACGUGGACAUGGACGUGGACAUGGACGUGGACAUGGACGUGGACAUAGACAUGGACGUGGACAUGGACGUGGACGUGGACAUGGACGUGGACGUGGACGUAGAAAUGGACGUAGAAAUGGACGUGGACGUGGACGUGGACAUGGACGUGGACAUAGACGUGGACGUGGACAUGGACGUGGACUUGGACGUGGACGUGGACAUGGACGUGGACAUGGACGUAGACGUGGACGUGGACGUGGACAUGGACGUGGACGUGGACGUGGACAUGGACGUGGACGUGGACAUGGACGUGGACGUGGACGUGGACAUGGACGUGGACAUGGACGUGGACAUGGACGUGGACGUGGACAUGGACGUGGACGUGGACAUGGACGUGGACGUGGACGUGGACGUGGACGUGGACGUGGACAUGGACGUGGACACGGACGUGGACUUGGACGUGGACGUGGACUUGGACGUGGACGAGACGUGGACACGUGGACGUGGACGUGGACUUAGACACGUGGACGUGGACAUGGACAUGGACGUCGACGUGGACGUGGACGUGGACAUGGACGUGGACGUGGACGUGGACGUGGACAUGGACGUGGACGUGGACGUGGACAUGGACGUGGACAUGGACGUGGACAUGGACGUGGACGUGGACAUGGACGUGGACGUGGACAUGGACGUGGACGUGGACGUGGACGUGGACGUGGACAUGGACGUGGACGUGGACGUGGACUUGGACGUGGACGUGGACAUGGACGUGGACGUGGACAUGGACGUGGACGUGGACGUGGACAUGGACGUGGACGUGGACGUGGACGUGGACAUGGACGUGGACGUGGACGUGGACAUGGACGUGGACGUGGACAUGGACGUGGACAUGGACGUGGACGUGGACGUGGACGUGGACGUGGACGUGGACGUAGACGUGGACGUGGACGUGGACGUGGACGUGGACGUGGACGUGGACGUGGACGUGGACGUGGACGUGGACGUGGACAUGGACGUGGACGUGGACGUAGACGUGGACGUGGACGUGGACGUGGACGUGGACGUGGACAUGGACGUCGACGUGGACGUCGACGUGAACAUGGACGUGGACAUGGACGUGGACUUGGACGUGGACGUGGACGUGGACGUAGAAAUGGACGUGGACGUGGACGUGGACAUGGACGUGGACGUGGACGUGGACGUAGAAAUGGACGUGGACGUGGACGUGGACGUGGACGUGGACGUGGACGUGGACAUGGACGUGGACGUGGACGUGGACUUGGACGUGGACGUGGACAUGGACGUGGACGUGGACAUGGACGUGGACGUGGACGUGGACGUGGACAUGGACGUGGACGUGGACGUGGACAUGGACGUGGACGUGGACGUGGACAUGGACGUGGACGUGGACGUGGACGUGGACGUGGACGUGGACGUGGACGUGGACGUGGACGUGAACGUGGACGUGGACGUGGACGUGGACGUGGACGUGGACAUGGACGUGGACGUGGACGUGGACGUGGACGUGGACGUGGACGUGGACGUGGACGUGGACAUGGACGUCGACGUGGACGUCGACGUGAACAUGGACGUGGACAUGGACGUGGACUUGGACGUGGACGUGGACGUGGACGUAGAAAUGGACGUGGACGUGGACGUGGACAUGGACGUGGACGUGGACGUGGACGUAGAAAUGGACGUGGACGUGGACGUGGACGUGGACGUGGACAUGGACGUGGACAUGGACGUGGACGUGGACGUGGACGUGGACAUGGACGUGGACGUGGACGUAGUUAUGGACGUGGAGGUGGACGUGGACGUGGACAUGGACGUGGACAUGGACGUGGACAUGGACGUGGACAUGGACGUGGACAUAGACAUGGACGUGGACAUGGACGUGGACGUGGACAUGGACGUGGACGUGGACGUAGAAAUGGACGUGGACGUGGACAUGGACGUGGACUUGGACGUGGACGUGGACAUGGACGUGGACAUGAACGUAGAUGUGGACGUGGACGUGGACAUGGACGUGGACGUGGACGUGGACGUGGACAUGGACGUGGACGUGGACAUGGACGUGGACGUAGACGUGGACAUGGACGUGGACAUGGACGUGGACAUGGAUGUGGACGUGGACAUGGACGUGGACGUGGACAUGGACGUGGACGUGGACGUGGACGUGGACGUGGACGUGGACGUGGACGUGGACAUGGACGUGGACAUGGACGUGGACUUGGACAUGGACGUGGACUUGGACGUGGACGUGGACGUGGACAUGGACGUGGACGUGGACAUGGACGUGGACGUGGACGUGGACGUGGACGUGGACGUAGAAAUGGACGUGGACGUGGACGUGGACAUGGACGUGGACGUAGACGUGGACGUGGACAUGGACGUGGACGUGGACGUGGACAUGGACGUGGACGUGGACAUGGACGUGGACAUGGACGUGGACGUGGACGUGGACGUGGACGUGGACGUGGACGUGGACGUGGACGUGGACGUGGACGUGGACGUGGACGUGGACAUGGACGUGGACGUGGACGUAGACGUGGACGUGGACGUGGACGUGGACGUGGACGUGGACGUGGACAUGGACGUCGACGUGGACGUCGACGUGAACAUGGACGUGGACAUGGACUGUGGACUUGGACAAAUGGACGUGGACGUGGACGUGGACGUGGACGUGGACGUGGACGUGGACAUGGACGUGGACGUGGACGUGGACUUGGACGUGGACGUGGACAUGGACGUGGACGUGGACAUGGACGUGGACGUGGACGUGGACGUGGACAUGGACGUGGACGUGGACGUGGACGUGGACAUGGACGUGGACGUGGACGUGGACAUGGACGUGGACGUGGACGUGGACGUGGACGUGGACGUGGACGUGGACGUGAACGUGGACGUGGACGUGGACGUGGACGUGGACGUGGACAUGGACGUGGACGUGGACGUAGACGUGGACGUGGACGUGGACGUGGACGUGGACGUGGACGUGGACGUGGACAUGGACGUCGACGUGGACGUCGACGUGAACAUGGACGUGGACAUGGACGUGGACUUGGACGUGGACGUGGACGUGGACGUAGAAAUGGACGUGGACGUGGACGUGGACAUGGACGUGGACGUGGACGUGGACGUAGAAAUGGACGUGGACGUGGACGUGGACGUGGACGUGGACAUGGACGUGGACAUGGACGUGGACGUGGACGUGGACGUGGACAUGGACGUGGACGUGGACGUAGUUAUGGACGUGGAGGUGGACGUGGACGUGGACAUGGACGUGGACAUGGACGUGGACAUGGACGUGGACAUGGACGUGGACAUAGACAUGGACGUGGACAUGGACGUGGACGUGGACAUGGACGUGGACGUGGACGUAGAAAUGGACGUGGACGUGGACAUGGACGUGGACUUGGACGUGGACGUGGACAUGGACGUGGACAUGAACGUAGAUGUGGACGUGGACGUGGACAUGGACGUGGACGUGGACGUGGACGUGGACAUGGACGUGGACGUGGACAUGGACGUGGACGUAGACGUGGACAUGGACGUGGACAUGGACGUGGACAUGGACGUGGACGUGGACAUGGACGUGGACGUGGACAUGGACGUGGACGUGGACGUGGACGUGGACGUGGACGUGGACAUGGACGUGGACAUGGACGUGGACUUGGACAUGGACGUGGACUUGGACGUGGACGUGGACGUGGACGUGGACAUGGACGUGGACGUGGACAUGGACGUGGACGUGGACGUGGACGUGGACGUGGACGUAGAAAUGGACGUGGACGUGGACGUGGACAUGGACGUGGACGUAGACGUGGACGUGGACAUGGACGUGGACUUGGACGUGGACGUGGACAUGGACGUGGACAUGGACGUAGACGUGGACGUGGACGUGGACAUGGACGUGGACGUGGACGUGGACGUGGACAUGGACGUGGACGUGGACAUGGACGUGGACGUGGACGUGGACAUGGACGUGGACAUGGACGUGGACAUGGACGUGGACGUGGACAUGGACGUGGACGUGGACAUGGACGUGGACGUGGACGUGGACGUGGACGUGGACGUGGACAUGGACGUGGACAUGGACGUGGACUUGGACGUGGACGUGGACUUGGACGUGGACGAGACGUGGACACGUGGACGUGGACGUGGACUUAGACACGUGGACGUGGACGUGGACAUGGACGUCGACGUGGACGUGGACGUGGACAUGGACGUGGACGUGGACGUGGACGUGGACAUGGACGUGGACGUGGACGUGGACAUGGACGUGGACAUGGACGUGGACAUGGACGUGGACGUGGACAUGGACGUGGACGUGGACAUGGACGUGGACGUGGACGUGGACGUGGACAUGGACGUGGACGUAGACUUGGACGUGGACGUGGACAUGGACGUGGACGUGGACAUGGACGUGGACGUGGACGUGGACGUGGACAUGGACGUGGACGUGGACGUGGACGUGGACAUGGACGUGGACGUGGACGUGGACAUGGACGUGGACGUGGACAUGGACGUGGACAUGGACGUGGACGUGGACGUGGACGUGGACGUGGACGUGGACGUGGACGUAGACGUGGACAUGGACGUGGACGUGGACGUGGACGUGGACGUGGACGUGGACGUGGACGUGGACGUGGACGUGGACAUGGACGUGGACGUGGACGUAGACGUGGACGUGGACGUGGACGUGGACGUGGACGUGGACAUGGACGUCGACGUGGACGUCGACGUGAACAUGGACGUGGACAUGGACGUGGACUUGGACGUGGACGUGGACGUGGACGUAGAAAUGGACGUGGACGUGGACGUGGACAUGGACGUGGACGUGGACGUGGACGUAGAAAUGGACGUGGACGUGGACGUGGACGUGGACGUGGACGUGGACAUGGACGUGGACAUGGACGUGGACGUGGACGUGGACGUGGACAUGGACGUGGACGUGGACGUGGAUGUGGACGUGGACCUGGACGUAGUUAUGGACGUGGACGUGGACGUGGACGUGGACCUGGACGUGGACAUGGACGUGGACAUGGACGUGGACAUGGACGUGGACAUAGACAUGGACGUGGACAUGGACGUGGACGUGGACAUGGACGUGGACGUGGACGUAGAAAUGGACGUAGACGUGGACAUGGACGUGGACUUGGACGUGGACGUGGACAUGGACGUGGACAUGAACGUAGACGUGGACGUGGACGUGGACAUGGACGUGGACGUGGACGUGGACGUGGACAUGGACGUGGACGUGGACAUGGACGUGGACGUGGACGUGGACAUGGACGUGGACAUGGACGUGGACAUGGACGUGGACGUGGACAUGGACGUGGACGUGGACAUGGACGUGGACGUGGACGUGGACGUGGACGUGGACGUGGACGUGGACGUGGACGUGGACGUGGACAUGGACGUGGACAUGAACGUGGACUUGGACAUGGACGUGGACUUGGACGUGGACGAGACGUAG